GGGGUGAUAACGUCCCCAAACUACCCCAACAACUACCCCAACAAACUGGACUGCAAGUUCAGCAUCGAAGCUCCAGACGGCGCUACCAUCACCAUCACGUUCCAGGAGUUCUCCAUCGAGGCGGAGAGCGAUUGUUCUUUCGACAGAUUGGAGUUCAUCGACCCACUCUCUGACAACACGAAGCUCUAUUGCGGCAGCACUCUUCCCCCACCCGUCAUUUCCAAGGGCAACAAAGUCUCAUUUCUAUUCAGCACCGACUCCAACGUCAACAAUGGAAACUUCAAGAUAACAUAC